CCGACCGCCACCGACGCGAACGCUUCAACACCGCGACGACUCUAUCCAGUGUGGUGCUUCCAGUUGAGAGAGUGCGAAUGUUUGAGCUAUGGAGGAAGACCAGAACCGUCUUUUAGCCAACCAGUAUCUCCAGGAUUUCGUCCUGGAUCAUCUAGAGGACAUUACGGUUAAGCGCGAGGACAAAAGACAACUUAUCGAACCGGCUUCUUGGUUGCCUCACGAGGAGGACUCAACGCGGCGAGUGUGUGCCAGACCUCAAAUGUGGGAGGACAGGAGGGACAUGUCGCCUUCGGAAACCGGUGCUUUGUACCAGCAGCCGGUGUUAAUGAACAUGGAGGUGCACGAUCCCGAUUCUCCACCGGAAACUCCUCCAGAUCAGUCUCCCAUGCCAUUUAGACCUUCAGGUUUUUCAGAAGAAGUGCUGUGGUUUCCACAUGGCACCAGAGUAGAACCUCAGCCUCUCGACUUAUGUAAAGGCGGAGACCCUGAUUGGGAACGACGCGAGUAUAUACCUUCAGGCAUGUUAAUGGACUCUCACAACCAACAAGUCUUAUAUCAAGCCAGACCCCUAUCAGUAAGUUCGGGCGCUAACAGUGCAUUAUCACCUAGAAUAAGCAACCGCGCAAAUUAUCACAACAACGACUUCCCCUGUUCAGACGACCUCAUCAGCGACGACCUCCUUAUGACGCUCUCCGUCAGAGAGCUCAAUAAAAGAUUGCACGGAUAUCCUCGAGAAGAAGUCAUCCGCCUCAAACAGAAACGCCGUACCUUAAAGAACCGAGGUUACGCUCAAAACUGCAGGUCCAAGAGGCAACAACAACGCCAGGAUCUGGAAGAGGCCAACAGAAGUCUCCAGCACGAGCUGCAGCGGCUCAAGAUCGACCUGGGCAAGGUAACGCAGGAGCGGGAUUUUUUCAGGCAGCGCCUCCAAAUGAGUAACCGGUCCCAGAGUCAGCAGAUGCCUCACAGUUUGAAUUCCUCAAUGAAUUCGCUCAAUUCCGACGGGGGACAGAGUUCACCUGAAUUCUACCUCUGACAUCCUUUUCCGGGUCGUAGACUAUAGUUAGCUCGGCCCCAAGGUGUUUUUCCAAGAAGAGCACCGCGCGCGAGUGAAUACGAACGCUCCUCUUAGUGUAUGAAUGAAAAACUUUUUGGAUUCUCAAUGAAUAAGUGCUGCCAAAUAAGUCCCGUGAGCCGAUGGACACGAAGUGCUGACGAAAACUGACUAAAAGUGAAACUAGUUUUUAAGUAUGAGCAUUUUAAAUAUCAUUUUUGUUAUUCUUAGUUGAACUGAUAGUUUUAAGCUAGCCAUCAUUCUUUUCCAUUCUGACCUCACUGCAAGAAGAGGUCCAAAAACAUAUAUUAUCAUAUGUUUUAUAUUUUUAACAUGUUUCUGAAGAAAAACCAUGUUGUUAUGAGUAAAGUAACUUAUUGUUACGUUGAGACUUAUUUUCGUUUGUUCUUGAUUUAAGUUUUUUUAGUAUUAUAAUUUGCAAGAUCGAUAUAGACGAAAAUAUAGAACAAUCUGCAUAUCUCUUGUAAAGAUCUAAUUUUAAACGAUUAUGUUUGUAUAUCCAUCUCAAAAAUAUUUUUAUAUCUACCAGGUACGUUUUAACACCUGAAUGUUAUGUUUUAUAUAUAUAAUAUAUAUUUAAGAUAUGUUAUAUUAAAUACUGUACAUAACAUAAUUCUUAGAAGCCAAUAAAAAAUCUGUUGGUUUUAAUUA